UACACAGGGGAAAAAGGAAAAUAGAGAACUCCAACAGAGGAAAACAAAGGCAUACGACUUGUCUGUCAGAAUGCCCACGAAUGGGAUUAGUAAAGCUCUGGAACUGCAGUUCGGGCUCAUCAACCAGGAGAACCGCUACCUGACGGCCGAGGCUUUCGGGUUCAAGGUUAACGCGGCGGCGAGCAGCAUGAAGAAGAAGCAGAUCUGGACUCUGGAGCAUGACGAGCAGGACGGCCAGGCCGUGUACCUGCGAAGCCACCUGGGCCGCUACCUGGCCUCCGACAAGGACGGCAAGGUGACGUGCGCGGCCGAGGAUCCGGACGCGGGCUGCCGCUUCCUGAUCGUGGCGCAGUCCGACGGCCGCUGGGCCCUGCAGUCCGAGCUCUACCGGCGCUACUUCGGCGGCUCGGAGGACUACCUCUCCUGCUUCGCUCAGACCAUCGGGGAGACGGAGCUGUGGGCCGUGCACCUGGCCCUCCACCCCCAGGCCAACCUGCUGAGCGUUAGCCGCAAGCGCUACGCCCACCUCUCCGCCCAGGAGGACGAGAUCUCCGUCGACAGCAACAUCCCCUGGGGCGUGGACUCCCUGCUCACCCUGGUCUACCUGGAUGGCAAGUACUGCCUGAAGACCUGCGACAGCCGCUUCCUCAGCCACGACGGCAAGCUGCAGAAGGAGAACGGCCCCACCACUGCCUACACCCUGGAGCUCAAGUCUGGCAAGCUGGCCUUCAAAGACUGCGAGGGGAAGUACCUGUCCCCCAUCGGGCCCACGGGGACCCUGCGGUCCGGCCGCUGCUCCAAGCCGGGGAAGGACGAGCUCUUCGACCUGGAGGAGAGCCACCCACAGGUGGUAUUCCAGGCCGCUAACAACAGAUUUGUCUCCAUCCGGCAAGGAGUGAGCCUCUCAGCCAAUCAGGACGAUGAGACCGACAUGGAAACCUUCCAGAUGGAGAUUGACAAGGAGACCAGGAAGUGCAUGCUGAGGACCAAUGGAGGAACGUACUGGACCCUUGUUUCCCACGGGGGCAUUGAGUCUACAGCCACAGAAGUGGCUGCCAACACCAUGUUUGACUUUGAGUGGCUGGGUCACAGGGUGGCUCUUCGUGCAAGCAACGGGAAGUGCAUCUGCACCAAGAAGAACGGGCAGCUGGCGGCCGUCAGCGAUGCAGUGGGUGAGAAUGAGCAGUUUGUGCUGAAGUUGAUAAACCGGCCUAUUCUCAUACUGCGGGGGGACGAUGGCUUUGUGUGCCACCACAAGAACUCCAACACGCUGGAUGCCAACCGCUCCAUCUAUGAUAUCUUCGAAUUGCUUUUCAGUGAUGGUGCCUACCAUAUCAAAGGCUCUAAUGGGAAGUUCUGGUACAUCUCCAACAGCGGGCUUGUGUGUUCGGAUGGGGACACGCCAGAGGACUUCUUCCUGGAGUUCCCCGAGCACGGACGGGUGUGCAUCAAAGGCAAGAAUAGCAAGUACCUGAGGGGCGACAAGGGUGGAACGCUGAUGGGCGAUGGUGAAACUGUGGACACUGCCUCUCUCUGGGAGUACUGACCUCUUACUAUGCACCCGGGUGGGGGGUUAGCCCCCAGGCAAACUGCUGAGAGGACGAGGCAGUCCACUCUUACUGUACAUAUGAACAGCUAUGCGUAGUGAAGCAAAGACAACCAUUUUACCAGAACCAAUGAUGCUCUGUGGAAGAUUGAUUCUUCCACACAACCUGACAGUCACACUUUGUUUUAAGUACCUGUCUAUGCUGAUACACUUCUCCUGUGUAUGUGCUAGCUGAUCAUUUUUAAGUGACAAAUUGGAAUAGACAACAGGUGUAAUUUUAAGACAUUCAAAAUGGCAGGCUAUUAUUUUUUUCAUUACUAAUUUACUAUCUGCACACUACCUAUAUAAUAUCUGCCUUUUAAAAGUAAUGAUGCAUCCAAACACCACUGACAGUAUAAACAGUCUUAAAAUGCAGUGUGACCCCAUUUAUUCCUGAUCUCUGUCUCAUCAGGACUCUGACUGGGAAGGACCAGUAAAUGUUUGUCAAAAGGUUUCUGUACUUGCCUGUCCAUAAUACCAAUAUGGUCAAUAUGUUUCAGCUUCAUGCCACAGUUUCUUUUAACAUCCUGAAAGAUUGCAGAUGAAACCUCUGUUUGAAAUCAAAAUGUAACUGAAAUGUCACACCAAGGGUGUCCACUUUUUGUUGAGAAUAGACGAAAAGUCAAAGAUUUUGGCAGUGGAAACUGCUUCAAAGCAAAGUAUAACUGCAGGUUUUCACUUGAGGUUUUUGAAAUUGUGAGCAUUCUGCUUUCAUCACAGUGUCAGACAAGCAUCAGUGACGAUAGUUGUAAAAUAUCAGAAAUUUUUCCCAGUAGUUUCAGGUAGGAGAAGUACUGCUGCGUCCUGCAAAGGGGCCUUAAAAAAAUCUCCCAUGAUGCCCUUCAGUCAGUUCCUCCUUCCUGGUUCUCAUUUUUGCCCAAGUCUCUUCAGUAAAUAUUUUGCCAAUCCUGACGUUGACACAAAUGAUGGUCUGUGGUAUGGUGUAACUGAGAGUGUCAGUCUUAGAUUGUUAAGAACUCAAUAUCAUUGACCUAAGAAUGUUCCUAAGGCAGGGGCUCCCAAACUAAGGGCCCUGGGGGUCCACAAGGGAAAAUAACCAGAAACCCAGAGGGCUCUGUGCUGCUUUCUUUGCCUAUGAAUAGAGCCCUAGGACUGCAAAAAACUGCCGCCAUAAAAUGGACUGAAAGAUAAAGUCAGUAAAAUGUAUAAGGUUAUAACAAUAGUUUAACAAUUGUUUGUUUAUUUUUGCAUAUUUCAGAAAUUACAUAUGUAAACAUUGAGAUAAAGCAAACCUUGUCUGACUUACACAUCUUGAGUAAAAUGAGAUCAUUAUAAUCAUUCGGUAUUUAUUUAAGUAGCUCCAUAUACAUAUCUUGCCAUUUCUAUUAGAUUUCCAUGUGUGAGUGCAUGAAACAGUCACUUCAUUGCAGCUUGUUAUAUACUUUGGCUUUAGCUGUUAAACUUUAUUGAGAAAUCCUCAGCCAGCAGAUGGUCAUUCAUUUCUGGGGGCCUGUGAUGAAAGGGUUUGGGAACCCCUGCUUUAAGGGAUAUAGAGUUUAGGACUGAACACCUCGGUAUAAUUAAAGCAAAACCCUUCUAUCGCCAAUCCUCAAUCCGAUUGAGAGGAGCAGCUGUUCAGGAAAAAGAGUUUAGUAAAGUCUAAUAUUGACAUAACAUGGCCUGUUAUGGCAUGACAUUUAAGUCAGGGGGGACAUGUUUGGGUUUUUUUCCAUUGUUUUCUUUUUCAGAAAUGAUUUUCA